GCCCUCUGCUCAUUUGGACUUUUGAUGAAAACCAUUUGUACUACAGGGUUUUUUCUGUGUUUUUCUAGUCAUUUAAACAUGUCCUGCUUGAUCUUUAGCUCUGCACUAUAGCUAAGAAUCCACCAGCUCAGAUUAAGAGACUAUUUUAGCUGUAUCCCGUUUAAUUUGACUAAACAAAACAAGAAUGCAGAGACUAAAAUUAUGGAAAGGUGGUUGGCAGCUGCUGAAAUCGACCUUUGAAAGAGGAUCUGUACAAGUAAACACAUCUGCUCCAUCAUCACGAGCAUACAGCCAGGCCCCCAGUGGUUUUGGGCUCCUUUUUGAUAUUGAUGGAGUGCUGGUUCGGGGCAGGACUCCAAUUCCUGCUGCAAAACAAUGCUUCAAGAAACUAGUGGAUCACAACGGGAAAUACAAGGUCCCUGUGGUGUUUGUUACGAAUGCUGGAAAUUGCAUGAGGCAGACUAAAGCAGAGCAUCUGUCUGAACUACUGGAGGCUGAGGUUACCCCAGACCAGGUGAUGCUUUCCCACAGUCCUUUGCGGAUGUUCAGCCAGUUCCAUAAGAAGUGUGUGCUUGUGUCUGGCCAAGGUCCGGUUGAAGAAGUGGCUCAUAACCUGGGUUUUGAAGAUGUAGUGACUAUAGAGAUGCUCCGAGAGGCAUAUCCACUGCUCGAUGUUGUGGAUCACGAUAGACGUCCUAAAGAUAAGAUACCACCCACCAAAGGGCUACGAAAAAUAGAUGCUGUAAUUUUGUUUGGUGAGCCAGUCAGAUGGGAGACAAAUCUUCAGCUGAUUGUUGAUGUUCUUCUGACCAGUGGGAGCCCUGACAACAACUGGGACUCAGUGCAAUACCCCCACCUCCCUGUGCUCGCCUGUAACAUGGACCUCUUAUGGAUGGCAGAGGCAAAGAAUCCAAGAUUUGGGCAUGGCAUGUUCCUGGUGUGUUUGGAGAAUUUGUAUAAGAAAGUUACAGGACAUGACCUGAAAUAUGAAGCCCUCAUUGGCAAACCAAGUGUAGUGACCUACAACUACGCUGAGCUGCUGAUUAAACAACAGGCUGAGAAACUCGGAUGGACCACACCUGUCAAGAGGUUAUACGCUAUAGGUGACAAUCCAAUGGCGGACAUUUACGGUGCAAAUCUCUACAAUCGCUACCUCCAGACAGCUCAUCGCACCAAAGUACAGCUGAAGGCCAAAGGAGGGACAGGGGCAGUGGAGGCACCUUCAGAGUCAGCGGUCUCCCACACGUCCUCCUCCUCCUCUUCCUCAGGUUUAGGGAGGUCUGCGGGUGACGCCGAGGAUGAGCUUCCCGAUGGCUGCAGCUCCAUCUUGGUGUGUACUGGCGUGUACAGCAAAGAGCAGGAGGAGCUUCCAUCAGACCCUUCUGAAACAGUGACAGAACAGAGGAUCUUUCACGGCCACAGAGACUUCCGCUUCGACCCCAACCUUUUGCAGCCUUCUUUUGUGGUUGAUGACGUGAAAGAGGCCGUGGAGCUCGUGUUUCAACAGGAAGGCUGGCCUCUAGAGUAGCAUUUUUAGUCUAGUUAAUUGCAUUUUUAAUCAUAAUUUUGUUGUUGUAGUAUGACAUUAUAACGAGACAGUAGCUCAGUUUUUGUUAAGUGUUUAAGUGUAUGAAUGUGUGUGUGAAUGGAUGAGUAUUUCCUUGAUGCAAUGCGCUUUGAGUGCUGAGAAAGUGGAAAAGCACAAUAAAUGUAAAAUAUAUGUGACUGAUUUAUGAUUUUUAAAGCCUGACUCCGUGACAUUGUAGUCCACAGUGUAUUUUAUUUAGACAAACAUAUAUUUAUAUAACAUCACAAAACAUGUCAAUUGUACUUGUUACACAGAUAAACCAUCGUGUCUUAUUUUGUGUGCCAAAAAUAAGCUCGAAUCUAAUGCACCCCUCAAGUUUAAUAUCAUAGCCAUUGGUUGAUCAUUAUGCUGUAGACUGAACAGGGUGUGACAGCUGCAAGACGCUGACCAAAGAUUGCAUUAAAUAUUGUGCUUUGUGGUGCUAUUUUUACUGAAGAAUUUACACUUAGGCAGUUACAGAAUAUUUGUGUUCCUAUUUGUUUAGAAUCAAAGUUAAAGGACAUAGUUUACUCUGUUAUAAUGUUGUUUCCUCAUAAAA